AAGCUAAGAAUUCCUAGGGAGCCAGAAAACGAAGCAGGAACGCGCCAACAUGAGCGAAUUGGAAGCUGGCGGCGGCUUCAAGGAGCCCUCGCGCGCCAUCUUCGCGCAGAACGAUCUGCGUCACUUCCUGGGCUCUCCGGUACGCGUUGCAGUGCCCAUUAACGUGGUGCUCUUCCCUACCUCUUGCCGUUGCUUUGUGUUUAAACAACCUGCUUCUUCGAUAUAUCCACAGGCCCAACAGAUGAUCUUGGUAUUUGUGAAGCACCUGAACGAAAGCGUCAAGGGCAAGCGCAUUUCCAGCGAGUAUGAAGUCUCACCGAAUGUUCAGAAGGCCGUAGAUCUAAUAAACGAGAUCAAUUCAUGGAUCGACGAUAUCCCUCCCAUCCAGCAGCCUAUGCGCUUCGGUAACAAGGCCUUCCGCACAUUCUAUGACCGAGUCGUUGAGGUGAGAGAGGCUCGAGCGCUGACGGCUGUGCCAGCUCAAACUGACACUAUUGUUUAUUUGUGCUUGUGUAUGGUGAGCAGAAAACACCAGCUAUGCAGGAGGAUAUGCUGCCGGAGAAUCUGCGUGGCGCUGUCACCGAGCUGGCUGCCUACCUCGACGACUCUUUCGGAAACCGUGUCCGGAUCGACUACGGCACGGGUCAUGAAACCAGCUUCAUUGUGUGGAUGUGUUGCCUGCACAAGCUGGGCUUCUUCAAGCAGUCGGAUUUCCCAGCGCUUGUAUUGCAGUUGUUCACGUCUUAUCUGGCGCUGAUGCGUCGCCUACAAAAGCUGUAUAUGUUGGAACCGGCAGGCUCUCACGGUGUUUGGGGUCUGGAUGACUAUCACUGUCUCCCGUUCUACUUUGGUUCUGCACAGCUGAUCGGACAGCACGAAAUUAUUCCCGAGAGCGUGCAUGACGACGGUAUCUUGGAGGCUAACCACGAGGAGUACUUGUAUCUGGAUGCUAUCAAGUUUAUUAAGGAAGUUAAGGCAGGUUCACCCUUUGCCGAGACAUCGCCUAUGCUCAACGAUAUCAGUGCUCUACCAUCGUGGGAGAAGACUAACGGAGGCAUGCUCAAGCUGUACGAGGGUGAAGUACUGAAAAAACUACCAGUUAUCCAGCACCUACGCUUUGGCUCACUGUUUCCGUGCACAUGGACACCAAGCCACCAAGCCGAUGAUGGCUCGACGUACAUUCCAGUUAGCACGCAUCCAGGUACGGGCGUUCGUGCUCCUAACUUUGAUCUAGACGGUGUGUCAGCCAGAGCGCCGUGGGUUGCUGUAGAAUCGCUUGCGGCCACUAAGGACACUACGAUGUCGGCCAUGGGCCAUUCCAAGGAGACUCUGAACAAGUAACCCCCUGCCAACGAAAGUGCACCGUGGCCUGGCAAGCGUGCCUGCAUGCAGCUCAUGCGCGAACGCUACGAACCGGGUGGGUACUGCCAAUCAAAAAAGUGAAACGUGGUGUUCCCGGAAAAGUGCUUUUUGUGUGUUUUGUGUCGUUGUUUGGGACUGGUGGUUGUUUUGCGUGGCAAGGUAACUUGUGAAUCGUUUGCUUGUGUAUUAGUGAAGUGAAGUGCAGUGCGGUGCGGUACGCUGUUGUGUAUAUUGGCAAUGCGCUUGAUGGCACGUCCAAUCGAGAGAUCACCCUGGUCGACGCGAGUGAAAUAUGCUAUUUAACAGGCUCGCUGACUCAGCGUCGUGAGCCGUUUUCGCGCCACGUCGCUUGCGUCGCGAAGUCCACGUGUUCGAGCGGGUCACAAGUCGGUCAGGAAAAGGGCUGAUUGGCGACCGGAGCAGCUCGAAGGACCCAUUUUCAGUCGAGCGGGGCAACGAAACAGACGAUGGACUGAACAAGAAACGGCCCGAAGAGCUUUGCAGGAGAGGAAUGAAGGUCCAGGCUCUAACGCUCGGGCAGUGGAGCCAUUUCGCCGCGUGAACGCGACACGGGGAAAAACGAAUUGCGAAAGCAAGCGAGCAACGAACAGCAUCAACCUCAACCAUGCACCAGAAAACAAUCAGCGAAAAAAACUUUGAGGAGGCCAGUCAGCCAGCAGAUUACGAAGGAGCGAGCUUGACCAUUUAAUCGGCAGAGCUGAGACGAAGGCCAAGACGGAGGCGUUACGAACAGCAACCAUGCGAUGGGAGGCAGAGCAAGAACGAGGUCAAGGAAGCAGAUUUCGUUUGCGACGACCGAAGUUUACAAGUAAGAAAAGAAGCGGGUGCACCGUUGACAGACACGAGGCGGAACAACGGGCGGGCAUGGGCACCGGCACCGCUUUUUUCCCGCUAUUUUCGCUACUCGGCACACGCAUGUUGUGCGAAACGACGUACAUUUUGGCAUGCCGUAUCACAAGUCGCGGUUUAUCAUUCGCCGAAGCGUGAGCUUGUUCGUGCCGUCCGCAUUAGUCGAGCACCUUUGCCUAACGAUGUGUUCACGCAUCGGCAUGCCUACUAGCUUAAUAAAGCGGAUCAACGCAGCCCAACGCAGUCAUACCCGACCUCCUUAACCAGCCACGCCCAUGUAGAGACCACAUCCAGUGGCACGGAAGCUACCUACGCCUUUGUUAAACACUUUUGAGCUAGAUGAUUCCACGUACCAGGCGACGUCUUGCCGUCAUUCCUGAAAGCCUUCAACGCCUUCGCGUCCGAGCGCCUGACGUGAAGACAAGCCCGGCGGCUGGCAACGGGAAGAAAUAGCUCAGCCGGCAUGCUUCGCUGCAGCUUCCGCGCGAACUUUGCAGCGCCAACCAUUGCGAGCACACCACCCGAAAAUCCUGAAGAGUCAGAAAGGAUGACGCUGAGACGUUUGGCCAGAAAAGAGGCAUUUCUAUUUCCUGUAGCAGCGCAUACCUCGCUAAAUCGGAAAUGUAUAAUUAUCAGGGUAAUAGUCGAAGACGUAGAAGUCAGUGCGGUAUGAGCGUUGACAUCGAUGCCAAAUAACGGUAAUGAAGCCAAAACAGUCCACUGGAAUCGAUAAGAACGCCUCGCUGCC